GCCAGGUGUAUAGGAUCAAGUUACCUUAAGAAUAACUAGAUUCUCAGUUGUUUCGUGACCUUUCUCUGGGUAUCUUGAUUUUAUUACGAAUAAGAAUACGAGAGCUAUGAUAUACGUAUAAGUUAAGCGGUAUAACAGCAAGGAAUAUCAUCAAUAACUAUAACUUUUUAAGAGUGUUCGAUACAGGAGCUAAAUAACAAAUAAAAUGUCUUGUUACAAACUUCUGCACCUAUCUAUAUUUCUCAUAGUUGGUCUCAAAUUCACCAACUCUGAAAGAGAACAUAAGGUACACAACAUUGUGCUGUACCCCAAAAAGUACUCCUGGUGUCUUACCACACCAAUACAACAAAUAGUUGCAUCACCAGGCUACGAAUCCGUUACAAUAGACAACAAUGUCUGCGUGGGUGCUUGUUACAGCUACAGCAUCCCAAAAACACAACCUGCAGAGCCAGGUGAAGUUAUAGGACCGUACUGUGACAGUUGCCAACCAGCAAAAAUCAAAUGUUACCAUGUGAACCUGAAAGCCGACGCUCAGAACUUAGACGGCCCGCGUACGACCCAGAAACGAGUCCAGAUCAUAGUUGAUUGCGCGUGCGCGUCGUGUGACGUCAUACGCAAAGAUGACUGCGAUAUAUCCGAUGAAAAUACCGUCGAGUUACCAUCGAAUUUGUUUCUCAACACAACCACCAAACAGGAUCCUGAGGAAGUUCCAGAACUUCUUAAAAUGCAGAAUGGUAUUUACAACAAAAUGAAGGCUCACGAUCAAUUAAAACACAAAAAAAUUAUCGAUUUGUACAGAAGGAUUGAGGAUGGGGGUAACAAAGUUAACAAUGAGAGUUUUAAUGAACUAAACGAGAUUUUACACUACAAAAAAGUGAAAGACAUCUUAAACAAAAAUGAUGACGAAGAAGAUGAUGAAGACGACUCAAGUGAGGAAGAUAUCAUCCCUCUACCUGAUGGUGCAUUCGAAGAAAGAAACCACUACAAUAUCGUAACGGAUCCUCCUGUCAUUCACCAAACGACAGAAAAAGUACCAGAAGCGCCAUCUUUAACGCCACCAAGUCACCAUAAUCACCACCACCAUCACCAAUUAGGUGAAGUGCAACAGGUUGGUGAAACAGUGGAGCAUCUUAUCAAGGGACCCCACGGUAGUAUGGUACUUACACCAGUGGAAAAAUUGCACAUUGAUUCUGACGCCUUGAAGAACAAUGAUGAAGGUUUGGUGAUCUCCUAUGAGGAUCACCAUGCAAAAAAACCCAACCACAUAACAGUCAAUUAAAAUAAAAAUUUAACACUUAGUUUUAUUUUAUAACACAGGUCUGCAAUUUUUGACAUGUUGUUAAUCAAAUAUCUAGUCUUUUAGAUAGGUACUAAAUUUUAUAUAUUCAUAAAAAAUGGUUAUUUUUAUAAUCUUUAUACGUAAUUAGUUAUAAUUAAUUGUACCUAUUUUUUAAUCCUAAAAAUAAAUUUAGAUUCUAAGUAAAAAAUAUUCUUUCCCAAAUGAGGCUAUAAUAACUAUUCUUAACAUAUACAGCAGCUUAUUAUAAAAAUAGUACAAAAUUUGUUAUUGUCUAUAAAAUUUGUUGUAAAAAAAUCAAACUAUAUAUUUUAGAAACAUUGGGGCUGUGUGUUAAAGUUAUACCACCAAAAAAUAUUGUGAUAUUUUAUGAGUGGUAUAAUAUUAGUCAAAAAUAUUUCUUUUCUUACACGUUUUAUAGGUUUUUUAUAAUAUACUAAAGUUUAUUAAAUAUAAUAUAUAUCUUCCAAAAACUGACUUCUUUAUUACC